AUGGAAUCACAAAGCGACUCAGCCUACCUAAAUUGUUCUAACGCCCGAGCGACUUUGCUCAAGUUAUAUAAUCUGGACACACCGGGGAGCCUAGACGAUGCAGUAGAUAGAUUAGUAGAAUGGGUUCAGAAACAAGAACAUUUCACGAAAAAAGACCUACCGAGAGAAUUUUUAGAAAAGUCAUUAUUACUUGCUAAAAACGGAUCGCUGGAGGUGACCAAAAAGAAAAUUGAAAAGUUAUUGACUGUAAGAACUUUAUUGCCAUAUCUUUUUGGAAGAUACAAUGUUAAAAAGGAUCUAUAUGUUAAAAAUAUAAUUCAUGUACCACUACCCAGGCUAACUUCAGAUUUCUAUAGACUUUAUUUGCUAAAAAUGACUGAAGGAAAUUUAACAACAGACGAUUUAAUAAAAAGCUACAGAAGAGGUGUUUAUAUGACUGAAUACGGUGUGAAACACGAUUAUUUUGCAGGCCUUAUAUUCAUAUAUGACUUUAGACAAGCGAAUGUUCUAGAUCUCAUCGCGAAAUUCUCAAUGACCAAUCCAAGACUAUAUUUGACACUGAUAGAGGCAUAUGGAGCAAGAGUGAAAGCUAUACAUGUUGUGAUGAAGAACGCAACAUUUGCCGAGGCAAUAAUGUCAGUAAUGAAACAAAUACUAUCAGAUAAACUAUUAAAAAGAGCUCAAAUACACAAAAAUAUAGAAUCAGUGUAUAAUUAUGUACCUCGAGAUUUACUUCCCGUAGACUAUGGCGGUAAAGAAAAAUCUUUGUUGGAAUUAAACGAAUAUUGGAUGGACACCCUCAGUACAGAAGAACACAUAAAUUACGUAGACUCGAUGAACGAAGCUAAAACUGACGAGUCACGUAGAAUUGGGGACACGUUCAAUACAGAACAUCUAGGCAUGCCUGGAACUUUUAGAAGCUUUGUUGUAGAUUAA